UUUCACCAAAAUCUUCUAAAUCAGUUCUCGCGAAACAUCAACAACAAACGUUUCAAUUUUAAAAAAGAUUUCGGACUAUACAAAAUAAGAAUAAUUAUAAGAAAAAGAUAAAAAUAUUAAAUACUAAAAAUACUACUGUGUGUCGUACAGAUACUCAAAGUGUAUUAAGAAUAUAUCAUCAUAAAUACAAAAAUAACAUUUAUGUACGAAAUUAUUUUAUAUUUAAUAUAAUUUAUGGUUUCGAAUCGUUCCAAUGAAAGACAAAAUGUAUUCGUCUUUUAGCACUUCCUUGUGCUUCAUUUUAAUUUUGUUUGCAAAUUUUGUAAUUCAAGUGGAAAAUAAAUCUGUUUUUGGUAUCGGCACCAGAAUAAUUGGCGAUCAAUUGUUAUUGAAAGAUAUUCUUCAAACGCCGCCAAUAAGUUUAACUGAAGAACCUGUCAUUAAGUUUAAUUACGCCAUUGUUGAACCAAUUACAUAUAUUGAAAUUGAAUCAGAUAAGAAUGUCUAUGCUAUAGUCAAUUUUAGUUAUGAAGACAAUCUUGUUGAAGGUACAAUUUCCUCUAUAAAUGGCCAGCAACAACUACAAGAGGAAGGUGUUAGUAAACCAGAACCCUUUGAGGUCCUUAUACAAAUCUAUGGAUUUAAUCGGACAAUGCUUAAUGUCAGUCCCGCUUAUAUACUCAAUAAAGAUCAACAAUUUAAUGGCGUCUUAAAACCAAAUUAUCAACAAAAAUCUCUAAGUUUAAUGCAAGAAGAUUUAAAUGAUUUAGAUGAAGAAUAUGAUGAAGACGAUGCUAUUGACGAUGAUGAUACUGAUGAUAACGACAAUAUUGAAUAUGAGGAGGAAGAUGAAUUUGAUGACAAUUAUGAUAAAGUCAUCGAACAGGGUCAACGACAAGAAGGGGAUUUUCUUGUUUAUGAAACUAAUCAAACGUCUGCUACAACAACAGAAUUACCAACAAAUCAUUCUCUUACGUUUUAUUACAUUGAUAUUUAUUAUAUUACUUAUGUGAAAUUUACUAUCUACGAGCACUAUUUAUAUCAUUCCAUAAAUGAUUAUGGUGAUACAUACGUUGUGGAAUAUGGACACAUUUCACCGACCACCCUUAAAGCUGUUGUCACAGAUCAUCGCACAACAAGUUUAUUUGUACAAAUGCAAAUGUAUGGCUUCCAUCCAACUGCACUACCUGUUGACUAUAAACCAUUUUUGUCAAAUAGCCAAACAUCAGCUGCAACAGCAAGACCAAUAUCAUCAUUGAGAAAACUUCAAAUACUUAUGAAUUCCCAGCAAUCGUCAGCAAAUGCACAACAGCAGCAUCCAACGGAAUUGGGUCACCAAAUAGCCCCCAAUAAUAAUAGUAACAACAACAAUUGUAUGCAACAAGUUUUAUCAGCGUCAUCGAAUAAUAUUGGCAAUGAUUGCCUAAGUAUUUUUGCUCAUUGGUCCAUAUUUAAUUUGAUUGUGACAAUCUUUGUGACAAUGUCUUUUAUGUAAAGGUGAUGAUUUCUUUGUUGAUUACUACUUUAAUUAUUUAUAUUUUACUUAAUAUUUAAGAUUUGUGAAAAUUGUGUGUAUUUAUGUAUGUUACUAAGUAAAUGUGAGUAUUAAAAUUAUAAAUAUAAAUUAUACAUAUUAUA